CCUCCUCCUCCCAAGGCGAUUGUCAUAUGAUAGCUAAGAAGUGGCACAUUAAUGAAGCGCCGCUACAGGGGUCUUUUCUGCUCCUGUCACCGCUUAAAACUAUCAGAUGGUUCGAGGGAGGACAUGGAGGCAGCCACUUAGCUCAGCGGAGAAGCGGAGCCCACAGCAGCGCCCUCCUGAGCCCCGAGGCCGCCGCUGCCACCGUCCGCGCCGGGACUCGCAGCAGAGCUGGGCCGCCCGCGGAGCGCACUGCUCCGAAGCACUGCGGACCGGGCGGCGCCGGGCGCUGCGGGGCUGAGCUGCGGAGCUCAGAGACGUGGGGAGCCCAGCGGAGCCGGGACACUGCGCCCCGGCUGCGCGCCGGGAGGGAGGCGGCGAGCUGCAGCGCCAUCCUGGAUGCGGACGCGCAACUUGGAGCAACUUUAAGAUCCGAGCAGCCGCCGGCCCGCGCGGACCCAGAGCAAGAAGGGGGCAAACAAGAAGAUGCCUCGGCCCGGCAGAAACACGUACAGCGACCAGAAGCCGCCCUACUCGUACAUCUCGCUGACCGCUAUGGCCAUUCAGAGCUCGCCCGAGAAGAUGCUGCCGCUGAGCGAGAUCUACAAGUUCAUCAUGGACCGCUUCCCCUACUACCGGGAGAACACGCAGCGCUGGCAGAACAGCCUGCGCCACAACCUCUCCUUCAACGACUGCUUCAUCAAGAUCCCGCGGCGGCCAGAUCAGCCGGGCAAGGGCAGCUUCUGGGCGCUGCACCCCAGCUGCGGGGACAUGUUUGAGAACGGCAGCUUCCUGCGGCGCCGCAAGCGCUUCAAGGUGCUCAAGUCGGACCACCUGGCGCCCAGCAAGCCCGCCGACGCUGCGCAGUAUCUGCAGCAGCAGGCCAAGCUGCGCCUCAGCGCGCUCGCGGCCUCUGGCACGCACCUGCCGCAGAUGCCUGCUGCCGCCUACAACCUGGGCGGCGUGGCGCAGCCCUCGGGCUUCAAGCACCCUUUCGCCAUCGAGAAUAUCAUCGCGCGCGAGUACAAGAUGCCUGGGGGGCUGGCCUUCUCCGCCAUGCAGCCGGUGCCCGCCGCCUACCCGCUCCCCAACCAGUUGACUACCAUGGGCAGCUCGCUGGGCACUGGCUGGCCACACGUGUACGGUUCUGCAGGCAUGAUCGAUUCGGCCACCCCCAUUUCCAUGGCUAGUGGCGAUUACAGCGCCUACGGUGUGCCGCUGAAGCCGCUGUGCCACGCAGCGGGCCAGACGCUGCCCGCCAUCCCGGUGCCCAUCAAGCCCACGCCGGCCGCAGUGCCCGCGCUGCCCUCGCUGCCCGCGCCCAUCCCCACCUUGCUCUCGAACUCGCCUCCCUCGCUCAGCCCCACGUCCUCGCAAACAGCCACCAGCCAAAGCAGCCCCGCCACUCCCAGCGAAACGCUCACCAGCCCGGCCUCCGCCUUGCACUCGGUGGCGGUGCACUGACCCUCAGCGGCCGGCGCCCCCUCUUGUUCCCCUCCCCGCCAGCUCACUCGUCUUCCCCGGCCCCCAGUCCUGCUCUCCCCGACCUGGGACUGCCACCCUAAUUUGUCCGUUUCACCU